GCUAAUUCGGCAUCAGUUUCAACUGACAGAAGCUCAAGGAAAAACCUCAAAAAUGGGUUGCUGCGGCUGCUUUUGCGACGUGCUCAAUGGCGUCUUCAAAUACGUCAUGUUCUUUUUCAACCUCGUCUUUGUCCUCGGGGGCAUAACAAUUCUCAUCCUCGGAGUUUUGAUUGAGACGAAUGUAUUGGACAUCAGCCAGUAUGUUAACAAUAUUGAUAUCCACACCGCUGCGAUAGUGUUAAUGGUUUCGGGAGGAUUGAUGGUUUUGGUCGCCUUCUUUGGCUGCUGCGGUGCCAUUUCUAACGACAGGUGUCUUCUUAAUACGUAUGCAUCGAUUUUGCUAGUUGCACUGUGUCUGCAAGUGGCUGGAUUCAUUUUGGUUCUUAGCAAGAGUCCAAAUCUGGAUCUUGAUCUGGAAAAGGCCAUGAAGAACCACAUGAAGAAUUACCCAACAGACCCCACUGAAUCGAACAAUGCCAAAAAAUUCUGGGACAUCGUCCAACAGAGGUUUGAGUGUUGCGGAGUUCACUCUCGGUUGGACUGGCAAUUGUACAAUCCUGCGAUAACUGGACUGCCUGAUUCUUGCAAGUGCCAGCCUGGCUUUGACUUCUGGUGCUCAGAAGAUGGGUACAACGAGAGGGGUUGCUUCCCCGAGCUGAGAGCCGUCAUUUUCGACCUGGAGCACGCCAUGGCUUGGGUGGCAAUGAGCAUCGCGAUUUUCGAAGUGGUCGUCGGCGUUCUCACGCUGAUGUACGCAAAUGGUAGACGAGUGAGAGGAAAAGAAAGUGUUUGAACAUCAUCUUUCAAAAACAAUCUUGUCCAGUUUUAAUGGACAUUUAAUUAAGACUGUACAAUAACUAUAAUUUAUUAAUUUUAAAUAAAAUAUGAAAUAAAU